AUGGCCACUGAGACUGUCACCAGUGCGGCAACCGCUAUAGAUCGGCUUGAGCUUGCGGCAGAGACAUCUGUGGACUAUGAACAUCAACAGGCGAGUCUUUUCAACAUGGAGGGCUACAAAUAUGCUGCCUACCUGCCGCACUUCACUCCAGGUCUUCAGCAGCCACCAUUAGAGGAGUUUGAGCACACUGACGUGGGCCUCCGUGCUGAUCCGGAGAAAAAGGCACUUUUGAAGUCACCCGGAGCCGAUUUCAAGGAACUGACCCCGGCCAUCGGUACCGAGGUGCGUGGUCUGCAACUCAGCGCCCUUACAGCCGAGCAGAAGGACGAGCUGGCGCUCCUGGCUGCGGAGCGAGGCAUUGUUGUCUUUCGCGACCAAGAUUUUAAGGACAUUGGCCCAGAUCGUCAACGCGAGUUUGGCGCCUAUUUUGGCAGGCUCCAUGUCCAUCAGAUGGGUGGGCAAAUCAAGGGCUAUCCCGAAUUACUGCCUGUCUACCGGGAUUUUGUAGCCGGCGCAGUUGACAAUGAGAUCGCAAACAACGUCAGCAGCAUCAAAUGGCACAGUGAUAUGUCUUACGAGAUCAACGGGAUAGGAACCACGAUUUUUCUUCCCCUCGACACUCCUGAAUCCGGGGGCGACACACUGUACUUGUCCACCACCGCCGCGUACAAUGCACUCUCGCCCAGCUUCCGCGAGUUCUUGCACGGAAAGUACGCCAGCCACUCGGGCUUUUCACAGGCAGCUGUGCACACAAAGCGAGAGCGGUACAUUCGGGAGCCGAUCGAGACUCUUCACCCCAUUGUUCGGACGCAUCCUGUCACCAAAACAAACUCACUCUAUGUCAACAGGCUGUACACUCGUAAGAUCGCGGGUCUGAAGGAGGAAGAGAGCGCCACCAUCUUGAACUUUCUAUACAACCACAUCGAACAUGGUCAAGACUGGCAUAUCAGGAUCCACUGGGAGCCAGGCACGGUUGCAGUCUACGACAACCGGGUCACCCAACACUCUGCUCUGCGGGACUUUGUCGUGAAAGAAGGUGUAACUCGACGACACAUGCUUCGCGUCACUCCCCAAGCCGAGAGGCCGUACUUCGACCCAAGCAGCGUGGAUAAGAAGCAGGAAAAAGACCAAGAAGUGGCGGCGAAGACCAAGUAA